AUGACAACUGUGGGCUCCAGGAGAAACCCCUUCAACCUCCAGCCCCUGGAUAAACAAACCCAGAGCCCUUUGUUUCAGAGGCGCAGGGGGACCCAGGAGGAGGACAUUGGCCAGGGCAUGGAGUUAGUCUAUAUUGACUCAGAGUCCAGCACCAUGUUGACGCUAAGCAGUGCUGUGUGCCAGCGAUGUAACGAAGGCUUUAGGAUUGAUGAACAGAUUGUGAACUCCAGUGGGCAGGUUUGGCACACUGACUGUUUUGUUUGUGCUCAGUGCUUUCAACCAUUUCCAGAGGGCCGAUUUUUUGAGUUUGAAGGCAGAAAGUACUGUGAGCAUGACUUCUGUGUUCUAUUUGCUCCCAGCUGUGGCAAAUGUGGAGAGUUUAUCAGUGGUCGUGUGAUUAAGGCCAUGAAUGCCUCCUGGCAUCCUGAAUGCUUUCGAUGCUUUGUCUGUGCCAAGGUCUUGGCAGACGAAGGAUUUGUUAAGAGCCAGGCCAGGGCAUUGUGCAAAGAUUGCAAUGCUAUGGAGAAAGCCAAAGGACUGGGAAAAUACUUCUGUUUCAAAUGCCACUCUAUCAUUGAGGGAGGGCAUCUCAAGUGGAAAGGAGAAGCUUAUCACCCAUACCACUUUAAUUGUCACAACUGUGGAGUGGAACUGAAAGAAGAUGCUCGAGAGAAGGACCUGGAGCUCUACUGCCUGCGCUGCCAUGACAAGAUGGGUAUACCCAUCUGUGGAGCUUGUCGAAGGCCUAUUGAGGAGAGAGUUGUCCAUGCUCUUGGAAAGACCUGGCAUGUUGAACAUUUUGUGUGUGCCAAGUGUGAGAAACCAUUUUUAGGAACCCGGCACUAUGAGAAGAAGGGGCUGGCUUACUGUGAGAUUCAUUACCACCAGUUGUUUGGUAACAUCUGCUUUGUGUGCAACAACAUCAUCAAUGGAGAUGUGUUCAGCGCCUUUAACAAGUCCUGGUGUGUCAACCACUUUGCUUGUUCCAUUUGUGACAAAAAGAUGAGCCAAAAGACAAAGUUCUUUGAGUUUGACCAGAAACCUGUGUGCAAGAAUUGCUAUGACAAGUUUCCUGGGGAGCUGAAGAAAAGGUUGAAGAAGGCCUAUGAUGAAGCUCUGAAGUCAGGAAGGGUUUAA